ACUACUUACACAUCCGAAUGUUCCUCUGAGUUGUACGGCCAGCCACCGCCAUGUCUGUGUCCUCUACAAUAUCUCGCGCGGUCGCUCUCGCAGCUCGCAGACACGUUUUUCGGAGAGCAUGGAGAUCAAGACCAAUACAACACCACGGUCGCAGCAUCUCACAACCACAUCCCCUAGAUCCCGCGGGGUUGCAGACACGCGCAUUCGCAACCCGUCUCAAGCACGACACGCCUCCGAAAGCGAUCCUCAUCGUGAAUAAGCAUAGAACAAAACUGGUCAUCGAGGCUAUUGACACUUUGCUCGCAUACCUCCGCCAAAAGUACCCAGACGUUCGCGUCUUCCACGAGGAUCGACCCGACAUCCCUCCAGGAGUUGAGAUCUGGAGACCAGGCCCUGACACCGAGAAGAUCGACCUGGUUGUGACAUUGGGCGGUGAUGGCACAAUUCUUCACGCAUCGUCCCUGUUCAAAGUAGGGGCAGUACCUCCGGUGUUGAGUUUCUCGAUGGGCACGCUGGGGUUCCUUCUUCCGUUCCACAUCGACGACUACGCCAAAGCCCUCGACAGCGCCUUCGCCGGCCGCGCGACCGUGCUCCAUCGCAUGCGGCUCUCGUGCCGAUUCCACGACACCGACGGGGAGCGGCUCGAGGGGCAGUCCCAAGACUGGCAGGUCAUGAAUGAGAUCGCGCUGCACCGCGGCUCGAGCCCGCACCUCAACACGAUCGACAUAUUCGUCGACGGACAACACCUUACGGAGGCCGUGUCGGAUGGCCUCAUUGUCUCGACGCCAACGGGCUCAACGGCGUACUCGUUGUCUGCUGGCGGCCCCAUCGUCCACCCAUCCUUGAGCGCCCUCGUGCUCACCCCCAUCUGCCCCCGUAGCCUGUCCUUCCGGCCACUCGUCUUCCCUUCCUCGUCGUCCAUCACGCUCCGCGUGAGCGAGCGCAGCCGGGCCUCCGCAGGGCUCGCGCUCGACGGACAAACGUCACACGUCCUCGGGCCCGGCGAGGCCGUCACGGUGGAGGCGUCCAAGUACCCGAUCCCGUGCAUCAACCGCUCGUCCAUCGCGGGCCCGGCGGACAUCAACGACGGCGAGGGUGUCAGCCCAGGCAAGGAGGACGAUUGGGUGAGGGAUAUCAACAACUUGUUGCAGUACAAUGCGACGUUCAGGAGCAAGGCACUGUUGCGUCAUAGUAGGACGUAGGUUGUGGUGUUGAGUAUGGGGUGUUGGGUUUAUCAGGACGACGAUGUACUUUGGUAUGAUAUGUCCCCCUCGCGACGAAAAACCAAGGGGUGCUAUGACCAUUCUUUCGCGAGCCUUUGAAGAAU